GCCAGGUCAUGCGACCGUAACCCAACUCUCUCCGCCACAAGUUUCCCGGACUCAGUGUCGCCCUUCAAGUUUCUACGCCCUCGGACGGUAGGCGAUAAGCCCAGGCGACAAGAUGUCAGGCGUCGCUAGCAAGAACCCGUACGCCCUGUUCGGCAACGACUCCGAUGGCGAGGAGAAGCCCGUUGUCCCCGUGAAGACCGUCGACAAGGCUUCCACCCGCACAACUAAGCGCAAUGUCGAGCCCCAGGCUCCCGUGAGGGCCGCCGGCGCCGGCUCCAACCGCCGUGGUCCCAGUGGAAGCGAGGGUGCUUUCCGAGACCGUGCCGCUGGCAGUGACCGCAACCAGGGCCGCUCCACUGAGGAGCCCGCCCGCGGCGACCGCCGAGGUGGCUACGGUGCCCGCGUCCGUGGUGGUCGUGGCUCCCGUCACCCCCGUGAUCGUGACGACCGACACCCCUCCAAGGCUGGUGGCUUCACUGGCUCUGAUAAGCAGGCUGCCCAGUCCUGGGGUGCUACUGAGGGUAACGCCGAGCUGAAGGAUGAGCAGGCUGGCGAGGCCAUUGCCCAGACCGAGAAGAAGGAGGGCGCCGAGGAGGCCGCCCAGGAGCCCGAGGAGCCUGAGGAGAAGCAAGUCUCCUACAACGAGUACCUCGCCCAGGUAGCCGAGAAGAAGGCCGCCAUCGAGGGUGACAUUCAGGUCCGUGCCGCCAACGAGGGCAGCAAGCUCGACAAGAAGUGGGCCAACGCCGUUGCCCUCGAGAAGGAGGAGACCGAUUACUUCGCCCCUACUGGCGGCAAGUCCAAGCGCGAGCGUGAGCGCAAGGUCAAGCAGACCGUUGACUUCGACCCUCGCUUCGUCGAGCCUGAGCGCACUGGAGGCCGAGGCGGCCGCGGCGGUGCCCGUGGUGGUGACCGUGGUGACCGUGGCGGCCGUGGUGGCCGUGGCGGUGCCCGUGGUGGUGAGCGAGGCCGUGGUGGUGCUGACCGAGGUCGUGGUGCUAACAGCGCUCCCCGUGGACGUGGUGGCCGCGACAACGCUGCUCCCAUCAACACCAGCGACCAGUCGGCUUUCCCCAGCCUCGGCGGCAAAUAAGCACGCCCUCAGCCAUACCCAUCGAUAGCGCAUGGGUCAACUACAUGUCACCUCAGCCCCCGUGGGGGACGCGGAGGACAAUAUCCGUUGUGUUUGAAGGUUGAAAAAUUUGACCAUUGGUUCUGCGGUCAACUGUCCGCUGGGCAGUGGGUGAUCUAUGUUCACUAGCUCAGUUGCCCAUAUGUCCCCCUCUAGGUCUUCUCACAGGUUUCCGUACAAAACAAAUUUCACUGCAAUGCGCCUCUAUCCUAUGCCUCGUGGUCCCGGGGUCCUCCUCUUGAAGAAGAACUAAGGAGGAUUAAAGCCCAUGCGCUGUCCAUCUUUUUAUGUUGUAUUGGUUCGGUGCGAGACGACAAAGGGGAAUCAGAGCUAAGGGGUUUGAGGGGGUUGGGCUUUUCUAGAACAGUAGCCUUUUUCGGCCUUUGAUAUACUGCUAUAAACCAUGU